CCGCAAAUCAAGUACCCUUCCCCCCUCCCCCCCCUUCUCCUAGAGCAUCCAAUCUGCUAACCCUUUUCUCAACCUGGGUGUCUCGUGCAUCACUGCAUUGGCAGACCGAGCUGCCCUCUUUUUUACCAGCUCACACCUGACGCCAAUCCCGUCACACGCCUCGGUGAAGUUCAGCUCGAGCAACAGCACUGCCGAAAAAAGGGGGGUCCCCUCCCACCAACAGAUUGUUGCCGUUUGGUGUGUGCGUGCGUGUGUGCGUGUGUGCUUGUGUGCAGGCCAGUCACAGGCCCGGAAGGCGGAGGCCCACGAUGGAUGCGUCCGAGACCACAAAGCCUACUGCCGCUACUGUCCCGAAUGAGAGAGCGAGCACUCACGAGCCACCCAGUGCCCCUAGGCCCCGCGUCGGUCAAGCCGCCGGUCCUACCAUGCCCUCAUCCGUACCGCCGCCGCUCGCUGCCAGACCUGGCCAUGAGCUCCCCUUCGUCCAGCCAUCCUCCUACCUGCGGCCUAGUUCUCGCAAUCACCCUGUCCCUCCUGUCGCCGCUACUCCAAUGAGUCCCAUUGAUGAAGAGCAGAUGCAAGGUCUGCAAGGCUUGCGUGACUUCCUUCGUGUCAGAACUAGCUAUGAUGUUCUACCACUCUCUUUUCGUCUCAUUAUCCUCGACAACGACCUACUCAUCAAGAAGAGCCUGAACAUCCUUAUUCAGAAUGGCAUCGUAUCAGCGCCCCUUUGGGACUCCCAACGGUCGAAGUUUGCCGGCAUCUUGACGGCUACAGAUUACAUCAACCUGAUCCAAUACUACUGCCAGUUUCCCGAGCAUAUUGACAAUCUCGAUAAGUUUCGUUUGAGUAGUCUUCGUGACAUUGAGAAAGCCAUUGGCGUCCUUCCUAUCGAAACCGUUUCCGUCCAUCCGUCUAAACCACUAUAUGAGGCUAUUAGUAGCAUGCUUCAGACGCGAGCACGUCGUAUACCCUUAGUCGAUAUCGAUGCUGAAACGAAGAGAGAAACGGUCGUCAGUGUCAUUACGCAAUAUCGUAUUCUCAAGUUCAUUGCCGUAAACACGGAACAGUAUACAUCGCUCUUGAAGAAGACGGUUCGUGAGAUCAAUUUGGGAACAUAUACAAAUUUGCAGACGGGCAGCAUGACACAAUCAGUCCUGGAGAUUAUCAAUACUAUGGUCACUAACAAUAUUUCGGCUGUUCCUAUUGUGGACAAGAACAACGUCGUUCUCAACGUCUUUGAAGCCAUCGAUGUGAUACCAAUUAUCAAAACCGGGGUGGUCGAGGAGCUUCAGAUAAACGUGGGCGAAGCAUUAUCCAAAAGAGGGGACGAAUUCGGAGGCAUUUUCACUUGCCAGGAAGAGGAUCGCUUGGAUUCGAUAUUCAUAACAUUACGCCAGUCUAGGGUACACAGACUGGUUGUAAUUGAUGACAACUGGCAUUUGAAAGGGGUGAUCUCUCUAUCAGAUAUACUCAAAUAUGUUCUAUUUUACGGCGAGAAAUCCAGCUAUUUCCCUUCUUUUUAACGAUGCGACGAUUCACUACAACCCCUGUUUUAUCAGGAAGAUGUUUGGGCGAAUGCUUGGAAUAUUCAUUACAUUCCCUUAGGGGAGUCUGGUUUCGGAGGCUGGAAUAGGGAGAGGCAUUUCAAUGGUGUACGGAGUUAACAAGAUGGAUGGAAUCUCUGGAUUUUCUAUAGAAAUUCUUGCCCUACUGUUGCAGCACGCCAUCAUGCAAUUACUCGGACGCAUCAGCUUAUUCUCCUCACGCAAGACAGCUG